GUAAUGUGGCGUUCGACAAAACUGAGUGAAAUUGUUAAAAUAUUUAUUAUUGACGUAAAUAUGUAUAAAGUUUUCAGCGUUUCAUAGCAGUGUUUCUUGUAAGGACUAAAAUACGGAAGUUUAUAGCCGGUGUAAAAAAAUUCAUGUGUCUUAUUCGCCUCGAAAAUUGAACAGUCAACAAACUUUUGUUUAUUCCAUUGGAGUGAAUUUAUUAUUUUCUGUUCGGAAUAUUUGAUUAUGAGCCAACCAUACGCUUAAUAAAAUAGUGGAUCAAGGACUGACGUCGACACAUUAGGUUUUACUCAUGCAAGCUUCAAUGUCCACUCAAGAAAUUGAACCUUUGUUGUCAAAUUGUCUUGUCCGGAGAAAACUGAAAAAGUGUUUAUAUGACUCAUUGAAAUGUUAUGGCAAACUUGAAUUUCCAGCAAGCGCCUAGAAGCCUAGCCAGCGGCGGUGUGGGUAGUCGCGUAGGCUCCGGGCUGGUGGGAGGCGUGUCAGGGCAUGUGACUCCUACGUUCGUGGGCGCACUGUCGCCCGGCCGGGGUAGCACCGCAAUGCCUGGCGGCGCACCGCCGUCCAUGGCAUCGCGAUCAACGCUGUUCGGGCAACGCGCGUUCGCUGACCGCAGGGUGCCGAUGCCUACGCCGCUCUCGCAGCCCAAUUCUAAUUCUAUGGUCAGUUAUUCGAAUAUGGGAAAUCUCUCUCGAUUCAACACUGGCAGCAACUAUCAUUCGGUGUUUGGCGAGGGCGGCGACACGUCGACGCCCCCGCUGCUUGAUCUCAGCGAGUUUCCGUCAUUGACGGCGCGCGGGGCUGGCGACCAGGCCCCGACAACCGCGCCACCGCCGCCUGGCUCUAAACCCUACGUGGGUAUGGUGAAGCAGCCUACAUCGGAGCAAUCGGAGUUUACGAUGUCUUCUGAAGACUUUCCUGCGCUGCCCGGUACGUCGAAUACGAGUGGCGCGCCGCCUCCGCAGCCGCCGCCUCCUGUACCGCCAGCCUAUUCGGCGGAAUCGCACAGUAGCGAGAAGCAACAGCCCAGGAAAGGCAUACAGACAUCGCCUGAUGGAAAAGUGACGAAUAUACCAGAGACCAUGAUACCAAAUCAGUUUGGUAUAGUCGGACUCCUGACGUUUAUCCGCGCGGCGGAAUCUGAUCCCAGCUUGGUAUCGCUAGCACUGGGCCAGGACUUGACCGCGCUAGGGUUGAACUUAAACUCGCCUGACAACCUUUAUCUCACUUUCUCUGGGCCGUGGGCGGAUACGCCUUGCAGACCUCAAGACAUGGAUUAUCAUGUACCGCCGGAGUAUCUGAUAAACGGUUCCAUUAGAGAAAAAUUGGCUCCAUUACGACUUGGUCGAUAUAAGGAAGAUCUGCUCUUCUACCUGUUCUACUGCUUCGUGGGCGACGUACUGCAGAUCGCAGCUGCGCAUGAACUAUACAACCGGGAAUGGCGAUAUCAUAUGGAGGAGAAGGUGUGGAUCUCUCAAGCCCCGGGCAUGCCAACCUUGGAGAAGACCCCUACUUACGAGCGCGGCACCUACUACUUUUUCGACGCUCACAAUUGGCGCAAGGUAAAGGUCACCAAGGAGUUCCAUCUGGACUACAGCAAGCUUGAGGCCCGACCGCAACUGCCGCCUCACGUGCUGACGUAGCGUGCUUAUCCUGAUUCUCCCUUCCUAUUGUAGUUUUGUUAUAUAAAAGUACAAGUU